AUGGAGUUUCAACUUUUUGAUUCAAAAAAUAAUGUGAGUCAAGGAAAUUGUCCAUUGCAUAACGAUGAUCCAUAUUCAUGGAUUCUAAACUUACUCGAAGGACUCCUCGCUUUAACAGGAUUGGCGUUAAACUGUCCAUUAAUUGCUGUCACUCACACGAUCUCCACAAUUCCACUGACUCAAAAAAGAUUCUUGACCUCACAAAUCAUCAACUUUGUUUUUCUUUCUGCUUUUCAAUUAGCAAGAAGCAUCUAUUUAUUGCUAGCCAUUUACAGUCCCUGCUUAAACUUGGUCAAUACAAUUAAUUGCAAGCUACAAGAAUUUCCUCUUCUAUUUUUCUAUGUUCACUCGGCUCUUUUGGUGCUGAUCGUUGCUUUGCAGACGAUUCCUAGAUACAAUGCUAAGAUUAACAAACACGAUUUCCUCUCAACGUCAUGUUCGGUCUGGCAAGCGUGUGUUAUCAUUAGUGCUGCUGCAAUCACUUUAUUUUUCACCGCUUUCGAUACGGAUCUAGAAGCUGAAACAAUGACCAAAUGCUCUUUGCUUCUUGCAGUUCGCGAAACCGAGUUGGCUUUUUUAUUAAUCACUGCACUUAUUUCUUUGUAUACUGUAGCAGUUGCCACAAUUUCCAUAGUAGCCACAAAUCGGCUUGGAGAAAAGACAAGAUCAACAAAUUUACUAUUCGCGUUAAAAGAUGUCUUAUUACCAGAAAGUGUUGCUUGGCAAAUUAGUCUCAUCGCUUCGGGAGCUGUCAUUUUGUAUCGAUACGUUUUUGUGAUUGAUUGCAUAGCGUGUGUGAAUUCCUUGCUUGAACUCUCCUUUAUCCUUCUUCCACUCAUCAUCACCGUCAUGCAUCCAAUUUUGACAAUUUGGAACAUUCCCGCUUUCAGAGACGCGGUGAGCCUUGUAUUUCCAGUGAUUGGAAAUGUUUUGCCCGAGUAUCAACCAAUCCCCGAGCUCCCACGAAGUCAGAGCCAUCUUCCAUGCACUCCAAAAAUCUUUCAAUACCGACCAAAUCUCAACAAAAAGGCCACAAUUAGAUUGGAGAUUCCAAUGAGUUCCCUCAGGUGGAUCGUCGGAGCGACGAUUUUAGCCUUUUACUGCUUGCAGACAGAAGCGGCUUUGGCGGCAAUGUCUAUCGAUUUGGGCUCACAGUUUAUCAAGAUUGGCCUAGUGAAACCGGGAAUUCCUAUGGAAAUCGUUUUGAAUAAGGAGAGUAGACGAAAAACUCCAAACAUUGUGUCGAUUCGAAACAAUGAACGACUUUUCGCUGAUGCUGCGGCUGCAUUGGCUAUUAAAUAUCCCAAAUCUGCUUACACUUAUCUAUUGGAUUUAAUCGGGAAAAAAGAUGGAGCCUCAUCGGUGGAAUCCUACAAAAAACGUUUCCCAUUUGCCGCUAUUCAAUUCGAUGAGGAAAGAGGAACUGUCUCCUUUCCUUCAGAAUCUGAAGUCUAUAAUGUGGAAACUCUUCUAGCAAUGAUUCUUUGGCAUUGCAAACAAGAUACUCAAGCAUAUGCAGGACAAACGGUUAAAGAUGUGGUGAUAACAGUGCCUGUUUUCUUUAAUCAAGCUGAGAGAAGAGCUCUUGCAGCAGCGGCAAAAAUCGCUGGUCUCAAUCUCCUCCAAUUGCUCAAUGAUGGUUCUGCAGCUGCAUUAAAUUAUGGAGUUUUUAGAAGAAAAGAAAUCACUGAACAAGCGCAAACGAUGUUGAUUUAUGAUAUGGGAGCCUCGAAGACCACUGCUACAUUGGUUGAAUAUCUUCUUGAAGAGGACAAAGUAAAGAAAGAAAAGAAUCCGGUGGUGAGAACGAUUGGAGUCGGCUUUGAUCGAACCCUUGGUGGCCUUGAAAUGACUCUUCGAUUGCAAAAACACCUUGAGGAGAUCUUCAGGAAAACGAUUAAGGCUGAUACUGAUAUCGCAACAAAUCCGCGAUCGAUGGCAAAAUUAUUUAAAGAGGCUGAAAGGGUGAAACAGGUUCUCUCAGCUAACGUUGAUCAUUACGCGCAAAUCGAAAGUGUUCAUGAAGAUCGGGAUUUCAAAGCAAAGGUGUCUAGAGAAGAGCUAGAGGGUUUAAUUGCCGAUUUGGAGCCGCGCUUCUUGCAACCGAUCAAUGAUGCUCUCGAAAUGGCUGAUUUCACGAUUGAUAAGGUUGAUCAAAUCGUUUUGCUGGGCGCAGCGACGAGAACGCCGAAAGUGCAAGCCGCGAUUCAAAAGAUUCUCAAUGGAAAAGAGUUGGGACGAUUCUUGAACACUGACGAAGCCAUUGCUUUGGGUGCCUCGUAUCAAGCCGCUCAUCUCAGCAAAGCUUUCCGAGCUUUGCCAUUUGGUGUGCAAGAGAUUCAACUCUAUCCGAUUCAGGUGAGCUUCCUCUCGAAGAAUGAGACCACUGGUGAAGAGAAGCAAGUCUCUCGGACUCUCUUUGGCGCAAAAACCCAUUACCCAGCUCCGAGAAAAACUGUGUCUAUGACCUCGUACAAUGACGAUUUCACCAUUUCUCUCAACUAUGGAAGUGUUCCUGGAUUGAAUAAAGAGCAAGAAGAAGCCUAUGGAGCAAGGGAUUUGGCUUCGGUAGCUAUUGGAGGAGUCGCUGAGGCAAUCAAGAGUCACACCGCCGAAGAGGGAGCUGUGUUCAAGGGAGUUAAAGCUCAAUUCUAUUUGGAUCAAUCAGGAAUUGUUUCUGUGACGAAAGCACAUGCAAUUAUUGAACUUCCACCAGUGAUUGAGACUGAGCCAACGAUAGCACCGAAAAUUGAAGAGGAGACAAACAAAGAAACGAAAAAUGAGGAUCAAGCCAGUGAAGAGAAAUUAGAAAAAGAAGAACCAAGAAAAGAUGAGGAGAAGAAAGAUGAUACUGAAGCUAAAGAUACUGAGGAAGUGAAAGCUAAGAAUACGACAAUCAAAGAGCCACCAAAGCCGAGAUCAGUUAAAGCCGAUUUGACGGUGAAAGUCGAGGAGAAGGAUUUGAAACCACUCAGUGAACAUGCAACACAUUUCGCUAUCGAAAUCUUAGCCGCUUUUGAGAAAAAGGAGAGCGAGAAGUUGGAAAGAGAGGCGGCAAUGAAUGGACUAGAGGCUCUUGUCUAUGACUUAGCUGUUAAGGUAGAAGACGGUGAAGAGUUUGCUGAAUAUUGCACUGAUGAGGAGAAGCAGAAAAUUCGUGAGGAGGCGGCUAGGCUGAGAACUUGGAUGGAGGAUGAGACUGACAUCAACACGAAAACGGAAGAAUUCGUCGCGAACAAGAAAAUCCUUGACGAUCUGGCUGCAAAACCGAACAAGAGGAAGAAGGAGAGACUCGAAUUGCCAAAAGCUGUUGAAGCCCUGGACAACAUGUUGAAUCAAUCACAUUUCUUCAUUGAUUCAGCCGACAAUUUGACUGCCACCACACUCGAUGAUCCGGUGUUCACCAUUGUGGAACUUGACGUUUUGCGUAAAAUGAUCACUGAUACAGAAACUUGGUGGACAGAGAAACAAGAGCUUUAUGUAAAACAACAAAAAAAUGAGGAUUCUGUGGUGACUGUCAAGGAAUUAUCGUUAAAAAUUCGUGAUUUGGAUCGUGAAGUCAAGUAUUUAUUGAACAAGUUGAAAUUUCAUGUUCCAAAGAAAAACGAUGAGAAAAAAGAGGAGAAAAAGGAGGAGACGAUUGGGGAAAAUGAUGGAGAAGAAAAGAAUGCGGAUGGGGAAAAGAAAGACGAAAAGAUCGUCGACGAAGAGCUAAAAGAGAAAACUGAUGAGACGAUCGAAACCCAAGAACCCGAAAAAGACAAAAAACCCCAUGAUCCAGCUGAAUUC